AUGAGCGAUCCUUGCUCUGUUUCCGCUCCAAGUGAGUGUGAAUGCACUCACAUCAAUUGGUUCGUGAACGUGUUGUUCGAGAAACACAUCCUCGACUGCCGCGCAGAGCUGGAAUUUGAGGUGAAAAAGAACAACGUCGAAAAGCUGGUGAGUAUGGCGCUCGUCUUCGACUGCGAGCUGUUGAUCAUCAGGUCUUUUUGUCCCCAGAGGAGAAAAAUAAUAAUUAUGCCUAAAUUUAAAAAUAUUCUAAGAUGUCUAUUCAGGAACUCCCCGUAAAUGAAAAGCGCAAACAUUAACUGCUGAAAACUGAAAAACUCCAAAUGUACUUACGAUAAGGAAGCUUUAUACAGCUGUAAAGCGUUUCCCAAAAGAAAAUGCCGUGGGGGUGGUACGAGUAAGUUUGACCAGUGCUUUAUUGAAAGGCCUUUUCGAAAUUGACAUUCUUUAUUCAUAUGUUGGCUCAUAUAGUUUGUUACAAUCAUGAUGUUUGACAAGUGUACACGUGUACAGUGAAGUCUUGCUCUCCAACCAAGAAAGUGCCCCCCGCCACCCCCACCUCACCUGGCCUGUUGUAUCCAUGGCUCAUUCUGGAGGCCCUGUUAGAGUGAACAGCAACAUAGGACAGCAGAAAUGUGGAGAAACGAUUCAAAGAUGGGUAGAAACUGUGUCAGCAACAAAGAAAAGCCCAAAUACAUUUAUGAUAAAAUAAAGACAGCGAAAUGGCUUUACUCCCUAAUACGCAAAACCACAGGUUUUGUAAUUCACACUAGGGAUAUUCUUACCCACCCAGGAGGGUCCCAUUCUGGCUUUGGUAAAUCUGCACUUUUCUGACAGCCAUGCUACAAGGAUUUUUUAUAAAUAGCAAGCUCUGAAUGUAGCAAUAUUCCCGUAAUUUUACAUGCAUUGUAAUUACUUGUGGCUUUAAAGACAAAUCACAAGCUUGCUAAGGAAUUAAGAGCAUCACCUUUGCUGUGUUAUAUUUUUCAGGUUCUUGAUACUCGUGAUUUAACCAUCAGUCAAGUUACAAAUGAUGCAGGAGAGAUCUUGAGACAUAGCCUUGGUGAUGAGCAUCAGGCAUUUGGAAAACCACUAAACAUUGAGUUACCCAAAGGCCUGAAAAGGUAAAAGUUUUCUUGAUAUCAUUCCCACUAUACAUACAUGCUGUAUUUACAAGUUUUAUAUCGAAAAAGCAAUCAUUAUUAUGGGGUUUAUUUUAUUGGGGUCCUGUCUUGUCCUUGGGUGGGGCAGUGGUUAAAGUACUUGCCUUUAUAGCGUUCUACCAAUUAACAAUGUGGCGUGAACUUGAAGUCCAGAGGCAGUGUCAUAAAAAUAUGUGAGUUGAGUUCCCUAGGUACUUCAGGGUAAUUCAGUUUUCCACUCUCCUGAAAACCAACAUGAUUUGUAAAACGGAAGACAAGAAACCACACCAUAGAUGUGCCACCCAUAAAACAUUAUUUACUCUUUUCUGUGUAUCUUUUAAUUAAUGCCCUUAGUGGUUCCAAGGUGCUAAUCAAGAUUAGUUACCAGACUUCCUCAACUGCAUCGGCUGCACAAUGGCUUACUCCUGAACAGACUGCUGGCAAAAAGUAUCCAUACUUCUUCACUCAGUGUCAGGUGAGGAUAAAAAAAAAUAUGAUAAAAGAUAAAUUAUCUAAUAUAACUUUUGCAAAUUUCGAAUUUUGAUGUUUGGACUGUUAUCUUUCUUUUACAGGCAAUCCAUGCUCGUAGUCUUAUCCCAUGUCAAGACACACCCUCUGUAAAGACACCAUAUCAAGCAGAGGUAAGCUAUUUUGGAUUUUACAACACUAUAUCUUUGUCAAGACAAAAAAUGCUGUCUGGUUAGCUCAGUUUUGUGCCAGUUUGCCAAUCAGGAAACUAUGGGUUCAAUCCCUGGACCAAUCUGAGGAAAUUAAAAGCACAGUCUUUGUAAUGUCAUCUGCAAGUGGCUAGACAAGUCUUCUUUAGGAUGAAAAACUGUAGGCCCCAUCUCAUGGCCCUUGUUCUCAUAAAAUCUGGUGGAAUGCUAAAGGACCCAAUACACACUGUCUUUUUGUAAAGAUUCACAAAUCAUUACUUACAGUGUGACCAAUUAUAAACUGCACUAAAUUAGUAGCCUGGCCAGUAGCGAAGGGCCAACGAGUUCGCAAUAUAUAUGCAUUGACCAUUAGAAAACUUAGUGUUAAUUGUGCAGGGACAUAACUAAAAUGGUUUGUCUAUUAAAAGGUGACAGUUCCUAAGGAUCUUGUUGCUCUGAUGAGUGCAGUAGGAACAGGGAGCUCUGUUCAUCCUCAGAAUCCUGAUCUGAUGGUGUUUACAUUCACUCAAAAGGUAUUUUACAUACAUAUGCAUUAUCAAGCAUCCUAAUCACAGGCUCUUAUAUUGCCAUGGCCAAGUGGUAAUGUAAAAGAGGUUUCCUUCGAAUGGUCACACUAUAGGAUUUCACCUAAUCUGAACCAACCUGUACCGUACUAUAUAAAUUAUAUACCAGGUGGUGGUGGGUACUUGCUCUCUAUUAUGGCCUAUAUGGAGAGGUCCCGCCCAAAAGGGGUGCGUUUUUUGACUUCAAGAAUGGGAAAGGGAAGGAAUUUCAGCAGUUGAAGUAUAUGAUAGGGUAAGGAAAUCUGUCAUUUUGGUCUGUAAACAUUCUAAAGCCCGAAAGGGUUAACAGAAGAAUUUUAUACCUGUUAAGAAGUAGAGAAAAUGUUCUGGUGUUGUGAUAUAUUCACAUUUAAAAUAAUAAUAGUGCGUUAACACACAGUGGUUAUAAGGCAUGCAAAGUUCUAAACUAGGUAUGUGAUUGUGAAAGGGGUAUACCAUUUUGUCAACAAUGGAAGGUAUUACGAAAGGGGUACGUUUUCUGUCAAGGACAGUAUAAUACUAGAAGGCUAAGGGGUUGGACCUUUGGGUGGAGCCUAGUGUAUUAAAUUUUUUUGAGUACCUCUCGGUUUAUUAUCAUCGCAAGUUACAUCCCUAUCACAUCUUAAGUUUCAUUAAUUGUGAGAUAGGUAAAAAGGGGAGCUGACAAUCAACAGGAAAGAGAUUUUAUGUAACCUCCCUUUUCAUCUCUCUAUACAGGUUGCUAUUCCAAGCUACUUGAUUGCUCUUGUUGUUGGUCCUCUAGUCAGUCAGUGAGUAAAUACAUAAAUCCUUUGACCCCUAUUAAUGGUGGCCGAAAAAAAUUCAAAUUUUGUUUGGUAAAAUCCUAAGAAAUAAACAGCACUAUGAAAGAAUUCCUGCUAAAAGAAGUUUCAUUUGAAAAGUAAAACCACUGGAUUUCAUCCUUUGAUGAAAAAAGUCGCAAUGACAAAAUUAAAAAUUUCUUCAUAACAUGGUAUUGGAAUGAUCAAAGGGGUAACAUUUGCUAUCGUUGCUAUAUUGUACAUGUACGUUAAGUAAUGAUCCACGUAAGGUGGAUAUAUAGCAAUUUCUUUUGUUAUGCGGCAACGGCGCUUUCCCCUCAUAGGAAUGUUCUCAUUUUUACAUAGAGAGUGCAUAAACCCACAUGAAGGCCAUUUACGCAAUAAAAUGCAUUUACACUCGACUUUGAAAGGGUAUUUUUUUUGUGUUAAAAGAUUUUGACCAAUCACAAGAAUUGAAAACAAUAGCAAAGAAAAGUUUACAAUUUUACAUGUUCCCCACAUAGGAUUUCUUUGUCAUUCAAACUGAGACCAGAUUUUGUUAUAUGGAAGAUGGUUGGAAAGUAAGGAUGAAUAUAUGUACCGCUUUAUGAAGUUUUGUUAACUUUUGCUGUUUAAGUGAAUCAGAAGUAAGUACAGACAAUAGAAAAGUUAGCACCUUUUUUGCAUUCCAACAUGUUCGUUGCCGUUGUUGCUAUUGUUCUUUCUUAAUAGUUAUUACAUGUAUGCACUGUGGGAUUUGAAGCAUAUAAAUCCUUACUUUUCAGGCAAGUUGGUCCUCGUUCUAAGGUGUGGACAGAAAAAGAAAUGCUUGAAAUAAGUGCAUGGGAGUUUGCAGAGGUGAGCCCUUUUGCCCUAUAGACUCUUUUAAGAAAAAAAAAACAUGCAGUAGCAAAAGUGUUAAAUAACAGUAAAGUCAUUGACAUAUAUUGUCUGACUACAUGCACACCGUAUUUUACAGAACUCUUUCUGUGGGUUUGCCUAUGAUUACUUCCUUGUUCGGAACAUUUGGUUAGAGGUGUAGGAAUACUUGUACCUUUAUGUAACCAGACAUUUAAUCUGAAGACUGCAGACUCCAAAACUCUGUAUUACAGUAGAUACUGAAAUUAAAAUGGAAGGGCUAUAAAAGCACGUGCAACAAAGGAUAAAAGAAAUAUGGGCCAUUAAACAACAGCCAUAAUUAACAACUGCCACAGAAAUUACACAAACUGGCCUGAUAUUUCUACAAAUACACAUGUUCAGAUCGGUAGAUCGAUCUUAAAUUCUGUCGUACGAGACACAUGCCGUUUUAUUAUUUUGUGUCUUUGGGGAUUUUUAUGUGUCAGGGAUGCAGGACACACCGGUAUCAAAAUCACUGAGGGCAUGUUAUUUUAUUUCCUUAACUGGCAGGUUGAGUCUCAGCUGACUGUUGCUGAAGAGAUAACGUUUCCAUAUGUCUGGGGAACAUAUGACCUGCUGAUUCUACCACCAUCAUUUCCAUAUGGAGGAAUGGAGAAUCCCUGCCUUACUUUUGUAACACCGACAUUGUUGGUUGGAGAGGGGGUAAGGUGUUUGUCAAUCAACAUAUUGUUGCACUGUCUUGAACUACUUGUAUGUUGUACUGUGUGUCACUAGCUUCUCAGUGUAAAGAGUUUAUGACUGAAUAUUGCUAUUGAGUAUUAUCAGUGGUAAUGUCAUUUUAAUUAUCAUUUUCUUUUUCUUUCCUGCAGGGUGGAAGACCUCUCACUGAUGUAAGUUAUGUUGUUGUUAUUAUUUUUUCUUUUUUCUGCAAUUGUAGGUAUUCCUCACCCUUUGAGCAAUCCUUCUGCCUUCCUUUGGGGGAGGAGGGAGGGAGGUGGGGUUACUCCCUAUAAUGGCCUUUACAUACAUGUAGGCUCCGCACGAUAGGGGUUCCUUUUUCAGGCUUUAGUUAUAUGAGCCUCCCUGUAUAAUUUUUUUUAAGUACCCGCUGGGUGUCUUCCUAAAUGAGAAAGAGAAAAGGAGGCUCUGCGUGAACCCCGACAAGCCUUUGAAGUCUGCGGAGCUUGAACUUUUGCACGAGUGGGAGCAUCCGUUGAUAAACCAAUAGUCAUGACUGAGCCUGCUAUACAAGAGGCACGGCUGGGUUGGAAAAUGUAUCCCAGCUACAAGCGGUACAGGCUCAACCAUGGUCUGAAAUGUUUUCCGCCUCUUCGUCCCUCCCCCCGCCCUUUCCCAAAGGGCGGCAAGAGAUAGCCUCUUUUGCCUUGGAGGAGAUGGAUGACAUUUCAGUCUUGCUCAACAAAGACAUUACUCGAUUCAUGCAGAAGUCGUUUUUGUGUACUCCUAAAUCGAGCAUGUAAAAACGGUUCUGUUAGCAUGGUGGAGAUACCCUUUAAUGGCGCAAUGAUAAACCGCCUUUUAUUGUAAUUCCACAAGGGAAACCUUGGAGCUUUGGAGUGACUUGUAUUUCACAGGUUUCUUCAAGGCAGCAAGGUGGAAAAAAUAUAUAUAUAUGUAUGCAUAUAAGUUUUUUUUUCUUAUUUAUCAGGUAGUGGCUCAUGAGAUAUCCCACAGUUGGACUGGAAAUCUCGUGACUACUAGAACCUGGGAGCACUUUUGGUAUGUAAGUGUGGCCUAGUUCGUCCACGUCAGUUUGUACAUUGUACUACAUUACAGUCAGCUCUCGGUUUCAGGUCGAAAGUCGACCGAAAGUCCCCUCGCCCGUUAGGAGAGAGUUGUAUAGAUUAAACAUGCGUUGAAGUUGUAAGCAUGUGCAGGCGGGUGUCCCCUACGCGCCGUGAACGUGAACGGAAGUGUUCGAGAAGGGAGGUAACCUAGGAGCGAGAUGACCGUGAAACGAGGUGACUGUGAAGUGGGAUGAGCGUGAAGUGAGAUGAGCAUGAAGUGAGAAGCGAGAUGACCGUUAUGCGAUAUGAUCGUGAAUCGAGAUGAGCGUGAGGAAGUGACAUGAUUCAGCUUUAAUUUGGAACCCUCCAAAAACAUUAAUUUGCAAUUAAUAAUAUUUAGAAAUAAAAGUUAUUUAGGAAUUACCUGCUGACAUACUUGUUUCCGUGCAGGUUAAACGAAGGGUUCACAGUCUUCCUAGAGCGCAAAAUUCUGGGCCGAAGAAAGGGAGAAAAGAUGGUCGAUUUUGCUUACAUAGGUAAGACGAAGCUUAAAGUUAACUUUGUGAAUUAAAUAUUCAUAUGAAAUUUUUGUCCGUUUAAUUAAUAAAUGUAACUUUUCUAAAGAGCGUUUUAUGUGAUGCUGGUAUGUAUCACUUUUAGACUUAGUGUGAUGUUAUGCUGUUCUGAGGGAUUUGCUCUUUUGGCUUUGUAUUCGUUUACAUGUUGACGAAUACUCAUUUGUAGUAAACUAAACUCAGCGUUUUAGGAAACGGCCGAAUCCACAGAGUUUCAGGUUCUUCCUUUAUAUGCUAGAUAUUUCGGUGUUAGUUCAUGUGCUUUCUAGAAUUCAUCAUUAGCAAAUGAAGACAUUUUUUGUGUUAUUGUCUAACCUUAUUGGCUCACAGCACGUAUAUCGUUUACGAAUAUCUUCAUAUUUUUUCUUGGAAAAAGAUGGCAGGGCAUUUUGAAGAAAUGAUCAAGGCUUUUUUUCCCUUUUAAUAGGUGGUUGGAAAACACUGAAGGAUGCAGUAAGUUAAUAAUAGUUUGCAUGGUCGUCAGAAUAUAACUAAUAUUAUCAAUAAUAAUGACAGUUAUGGUGAUAACAUUAACGAUACUUUAUAGCUCUUAUCGCAAAGUUUUGGUGACUGGAUCACCCAUAACAAAAUAGUUGAACCUGAAAAAAUGUGCACGUGGCAAUCCCGACAGGUAAUAUGGGAUAUGAUCAGUACACUGUUCCUGACACUGUAGCUGUCGAACCUACUUUUGUUGCUUCCCUUUGGCACUCACAGACAUAUGUCCGUGGCCUCUCGUGCCAUUCUUUCAAAUUUAAAAAACGGUGAACUCAAAAACAACCCACAAUACCUUUCGGGGUUUUCGCGGGCACUUUAUCCGACAACCUCUCUCAAAAUGACUGUGUACAGAUACCUACUUUAUAUAAACACUAAGUCGUAGUCGCAGGGACAUACAAAUACAGUGCAGGCCAGAACUAAGCGAACCACAAUAUACGCGUAAUACGCGUCAUGCCGGACGCAUCCAUGCCUUUGAGCUGACGAACAUAUGCGUCUGCUCUGAAAUGUGUCAGUGCACAUUAAGACGCAUUAGUGUGUAUGAGCUCUCUCUUUGUUUAGAAGUGUAAUGUGUGCAGUCGGUAAAAGGUCAACAAGAAUCAAACGGAUUGGCAACAAACACACAAACAACUCCCUUAAACGGGUAUUUCUCCUAAGGGGACAUUAAUUUUGUGGUCGCUAAAAUGCUCUUACUGGAGGUUCGACUAAACUUGUUUUUUUAGCUCGCUACUGACUCUUAGUCUCAGCUCUCUCUCUUCUUCUUAUGAACAGCUGAAGCAGUUUCCAGAUAACAGCCCCAAGACACAGCUUGUAGUGGACCUUAAGGACACGGAUCCUGAUGAUGCAUUCUCCAGUAUACCUUACGAAAAAGGCUCCUGCUUUUUAUACUACUUGGAAAAGAUCCUCGGAGGACCAGGUUAGAUGUUAACAAAAUAACUAAUAAUUAUAGCGAGUAUUAAUACUGAAGAAAUAUCAAGUUUAAUACUAACCUAAUAAGAAAGAAAGAAUUAAGUUUAAGGUUUGUUAUAUACUUGGCAUCCGGGAAAAUUUAAAGUCAUGGCGGUUUUUGAACCGUUGAUUCUCAUGGAUUUAAAAUCUCUUUAUUGUUUUUGUUUUUUGCUCCGUUUUCUUUGUUUGCCUUUAUUUUGUACAUGUAUAUUUGUUUUUUCUAUGAUAAUGGUACCAUAAAAACUGAAUACUUUUUCAAUUUUUUACAAAGCAUGUGCCUCAAAACUAUUAUUUAUUUUUCCAAAUUUGAUCGCCAAAUUUCACAUGUUCUCCUACAAUGAUUUUGUUAACCAAUACUCUUGGGUUCUGGAUAACGUAAAGAUGUGCAGUGAUGAGAGUAAACGGGAGUAUUUUGAAACAGUUAGAUACUUAAAUACCUCCAUCAUUGUUCUAACUUUAUGUCAUGGCGCGUCAACUCUACUUUUUACCUUAAGGAUUUAUUCUUUUCUGAUUCAUUGAUUUGUCGUUGCAGGGGUUUUUGAACCUUUUCUCAAGAAAUAUUUGGAAAAAUACCAGUAUCAAACUGUUACAACAGAUGAUUGGAAAGAAUGCCUGGAGGAGGAUUUCCAUGAUAAGGUGAUGACAAAAUGUCUCUUAGAACCUCUCAAUUUCGUUAAUUAUUCGAAAUUCAAAGGCAAUAGAAUUCAACAGCCUGCUUUUUAGGAGAUUUUCGUGUGUGUUUUUCGUUGGUUGUUCAUAAACUAAGAGAUUUGGCUGCGCCAAAGCUGAGCGAAGUCAAACCGGAAAAAGGAGGGGGAGGAGGCGAGGUGAAGGAGGCAGAGGGAACAGCGGCAAUUUUCUCACUGCCCUCGCCUCCCUCGCCUCUUCAGGUCCUGUUUGAUAAUUUCGUCAAAACUUCCCAGCUACGCCGCGCCGCAUUAUCAAAUAUCGUCUCGGUGUUUGAUAUGUGAUAGGUCUCGUGGUUGAUGAAAUGAAAUGAACGGUAACACUGAAGAAGACGGAUGUACCGUCGAAACAUGUCUGGUAAAUUAACGAAAGUCGUUUUGUUCAUGCGGCUAUCUAUAUUGUUGCUGCUAUCUCGACCUUUUAAAUGAACGGUACCUCUUACAAUGUUUGUUUGUCAUAUAUUUUAAAAGAAGUCUUUGUAACUUCGCUCACUUUCAACAUGCAGAAAGAUGUUUUGAAGCAGGUUGAUUGGAAAGCUUGGCUCUACACUCCGGGCAUGCCCCCUGUUGACGUGAUUAACUUGUGAGUAAGGCCAGUACAUGCUGCAUUGAACAAGUGGUUCAAAGGUCAAUAAGCGUAUAUCUAGAGUAAUAGCUACCGUGACAAGUCAUACGUCCAGUUUACAGUUUUCCAAGGAUAGAGCCAUGUCUACACUUUACUGGAUAGCUUAUCAUACCCCUCCCCUAAGCCAACAUUUUGCCCUAACUGAGAAGUCAAGUGUUAAUGCUGGCUUAGGGGAGGGGUUGGUGGGCAGUUUCCCAGAAAUGUAUAAUCAUCCAAAAAUUCUCCUGCCCAGCAUGAAGAGCGGUGCAAAAACCUAUCCGAAAGCUGUGAACACACUAUAGCCUUCUUCGAAGGAUCUUGAGACCAGCCUGUAGAAGCAGUGUCCUCACCAGAAUUUUGUGAUUUGUGGCCCAAUGACCCCAUGCCUUGCAGUUUCUGGGCCUUUUAAAACAAAGAGUGGGUCACAAAAGUUCACUCAGUUUAUAGUUUCCAACUGAAAUUUGUGUCAUGUUAGAAACACUGGAAUAAAAUCAAAUGUUUUAACGUGUUGUUUUGCCCCCCGUGAAAAAAACAAACAAACAAACAAACACAAAACAAAAUUGCAUAAGCAUUGUUUUCUCUUUGGGAUGACUGUAAUACCCAGGAGAAGUAAAAAAAACAAAUGUUAUCCAAAACUUUGGGGGGCAAACAAGGUUUAUUACUGGAGAUGUGCAAAUUGUGAAUUGACCUUUAUUAAGAGUAUAUGAUUAAAGAUCUAAACACAUUGUCUUUAUUAAUUAGGUAUGAUACGACUUUGACCGUUCCCUGUACCACCCUGUCUGACAGAUGGCUUAAGGUUGGUUAACCCAAAAUGUUAUUGUUUUUUACGAAUAUUAUGCAGAAUAUUUUCCGUGCUAACGCUGUUUUAAUAUAAUUCAAACCUACUUUUAAAUAUUCCCCGAUGGUUGGAAAGGAAAGGCACCAAAAUAAAUCUCACAAAAGAAUGCCCAACCCUAUAAGGAAGGUAGUUUUCAACAUAAAUUGACGCCUAACAAAUUACUCAUUUUGACUUGACACCCGGGGACCCAGAGGGGAGGGGUACUGCCAUAUACGUGGGGUAAGGGUAGGGGCUUACAAGCAGUUUGAUUUGGAACAAAGUAUAGAAAUUUAUUAGUGCUGUGAACGUUAAAGGUUCUGGUUCAUGGUUAGUCUGAGAUAGGCCAGAGAUUUUUCGUUGUCUGAUAUAGUAUAGCGCAAUUGCAGUUGAACAUAUUCUAGUAUAUGUCAAGGGUUCCACGAUCCCAGCGGCACAGCCCCACCCAAACAUACCUAGAGUGUCCCCCUCCCAGGACAUAACUUUCAAUUUUCUUUGAUCUGAGCAGCCAAAUCGACAAUGUUGCAAACCAGCGAGGCCAGAAACUAUAGGACUAUAGCCACCCUUCCAGACUUUCUUAGCGCUUCGCAACGCGUUAAGCGUGAUCAAUAACGUCUGCGUGGGAGGCUGCCGUGACUACAGAAACAAAAGUUCUACUUCUGUGGGCUUAACAUGUAUCUCAUCUUCAAUCCUAAUAUUGCUCACGUAUAUCACAGGCCAGCGAAGGAGAUCUGGACUCAUUCUCUGCUGAUGACAUCAAGGACUUCACACCUCCGCAAGUUGUUGAAUUCCUGGCUCAGCUUGUUGACAAGGUAAAGGCAGUAACUGAAGACCCUUUAAACGACAACGAGGACGAGUCUUGAUUAAAUUUUUUCGACUUAUUCCAAAAAAACUAUACACCGCGGAAAGCUUCAGUGUGCGUUUUUCCACUAGAAAAGGAAGCACUGUUAUAAUUAUUAAAGAGGGUUAAGCCCUCUCUCGAUCCUAGAAUGAUAGAAUUUCUUACAUUUGAUAACUUAUUUCGGCCUCUACGAUAUUCUUGCCAAAACUCCUGACGACGGCUAUCACGUUUUCCCGCCAAAAUGACUCUAGUUCACGCGCGCGCACUACUUAGUGUUGAGAAAAUCUCGUACUCCUUGUCCUCCUCGUCUUAAGGUCUUCACAACCCCGCUAACACGGCCAUCUUGGCAAUACAGGCAAAUUUUUAUGACUCGUUUGUGGCCACGUUGACGGGGUUUCACUCCCAGGUGUUUUCAAUGCAUUUAACUGGCUUUUGUCUAUUUUCAUCGCGCGUAGACGACUACUGGGAAGCCGUUUGCCCUAAUGCACCUAAAGAAGAUGGAUGAAGUUUACGACCUCACUUCAUCAAAAAAUUCUGAAAUCAAAUUUAGGUGAGUCAGUCUCAACUAUUCAGUCAAGUAAGUGAGAAUAAAAGAAAGGGAUCGUUAUGCGUUUCUGGGAAACAGCCCACCUACCCCUCCCUUAAGCCAACAUUUUGCUCUAAGUGUGAAGUAAGUGUAAAUGUUGGCUUAGGAGAGGGGUAGGUGGGCAGUUUCCCAGAAACGUAUAAUUUAGGAAGCUCUCGUAACGGACACUCUCGUAAGCGGACAGCUCUACUUACGGCCGCCUUCACAAGACCCCGGUUCACUCAACCUCCAUACAAACUCUGUAUUUUUGCAAUCUCGCCGUAAGCGGCCAGCUCCACGUACGGACACCUUUUUCACGUCCCAGGGGCGGAUCUAGGGGGAGGGUGCAGAGGUUUUUACUUUCAUAAUGCAUGAAAUUAAAUCUCAGCGAGCAGUCAACAUUCAGUCAGUAAACUGUUACCCUCUGACGUCAUAAAUUAAUGCUGCAAUGUUGUCCGCUCAGAGACUUUAGGCGGGAAACAUAAUAUUUGUGAGAUGUCAUGUGACCUCGUAGUAACCAAUGAGAGCGCGCCUAGCUAGGGAAGAAACUUCAGCUUUAUAACAAUGGAUUUUAUUACAAUUGUUUUCCUUGUAGGUGGUUGAGACUUUGUGCAAGAAGCGCCUAUCAGGAUCGUUAUCCUGAAAUAGUGCAGUUUAUUACCAUCCAAGGACGAAUGAAGUUCAUCAGACCAUUGUACAAGUAAGCACUGCGCCCCUUGCGAAUCGUUCAUUAUCCUUCUUGCGUACUUAUUAGCAUUUAGUUAUGAGAAAGUCACCCUAGACGAGCAGGCUCGCUGGGAAAGACACAUAAGUGCUACUAGAGUAAGCCGAAGGGGUGGGUGGGAGGGCGCAACUCGAACUAAAGUUAGUCGAAAUUACAAGUGAAAAAAAUUAACCCAUGCUUGUAUAUUUACGCGAAGUAAAAUGAAUAAUGAUAAGGUAUAAAAAGUGCGGUUUAUGAUGCAUGACAUCGUCGAAUUUGAGAGCCUCCGUUGCCGUCUGUCCACACGAAAAUGAUGAUCUGGCGUUUUCAAAGAUCUCCACUCUGCGGAUUGUUUUAUUAAUAAAAACCCUGUGUUUGUGAUGCCUAAAAAAGGCUUUUUACACGUACACAGAAGGAUAAAACAGGGCUCGAAAACAUCCCGUCUGGUGGUCCAGGACAAGUAGCUUACUUGCCCAAUGGGCAAGGCUCUCAGCAACUAACCUCUAACAAAGUCAUUAACUAAGACGAGCAAGAAGUGGCCCCCAGCAAGCAAGAUUGGAGAGCUGCAUGGCCGAAGGACAAGCUGCAAUUCAAGUUUUUUUCUCAAGCGAUGGUUUCGGAGUCAGAGUCGUAAGUGGAGUCGUAAGAGAGCUUAUGACCUAGUGAAAAAUCAAAAAUCGGAGUCGUAAGCGGAGUCAUUAGAGCGAUGGAAUCGGAGUCAUAACAAUCAAAACAUUUCCAUUUCUCCCGACUCCGCUUACGACUCGGUCGCUUACGUUCCGCCUAUAAUCUAGUGAAAACCAGAUUGUCGGAGUGGGAAGCAGGAGCGGAAGGAUAAACCAAUUACAAUGCACGUUCCCACGCUCUGUGAUUGGUUUAGUUCUUCCGCUUCAGCUUGCGACUCCGACGACCCAGUUUUCACUUGAUCGUAAACGGCGGAGGCGUAAGCGGAAUAAGAAGAAUCAGAAUGAUGUUUUCACUAGAUCGUAAAGUUUUACGCUUUCGAUUACGACUCCAACCCCGAUUCAGUCGCUAGUAAAAACCAGCCUUAAAACGGAGGAAAAAAAUCUCCGUUUUCAAAAAUAUCCGGAUUCUUGUGAACGGGGCCUAAUUCUUCCUUUCUUAAUUCCUUUAGGGAGUUGUAUGCGCGUGAGGAGUCAAAGGAUUUAGCUAUAAAAACGUUUGAAAAACAUCGAGAUUUCUACCACCCUAUUGCCGCAACACAAGUAGCAAAGGAUCUCAACCUGGAAUAAACGGAUGAAUAGUGAAAAGAAAGAGCGAGAUAAACGAAUGGGAAAUGGACGACCAGACUAUUUAUUUGAUUGACGUAGACGUGGACAGCGAAUAGUUAUAAGCCCUAUUGAAUGCUAGAAAAAAUAGAAAUCAUGAUCUGAAAUUACAAGAUGCUUCUUCUGGAGAGAUUCUCAAGACAUACGAGUUUAAACUAAAUAUAAAAAGAAAGAUUGGAGCAAAAUAGUUAUUGAUAGCCCACUUGUUCGUUUUAGUAAACCAAGAAACCAGGACAUUGCCGCGCGUUUUAAGGAAUAUUUGCGACAAGGAUGAUUCGUACAGAGAGCGUGUAUGAGUCUUUAUGAGUAUUUUUGUAUUAUGAUAAUGUCACGCUCGUCUCGUUCUUGGCCUCCAAAACGCUCGAACCGGUACCCUUGCUUAAUCCACGAUUCAUCUAGUGGAGUUGACGAGCGAAUAAAUCCCCGUAAAAAUUUAAAAAGUUUAAAAAAUACUCCUUGUCUCUUUAUCCCACUUUUCUACGUCCUUUUGCUGUGUUUUUAGGUUUGAGUCCCCCUUACGCUCUGAAAGAAGCUGUCACGAAUUGUAUCGAAGUACUAAUAGUACGAACUACUACGAAACUGAGUAAAACUUUAAAAUAAACGUUCAAGAACACUUG